CAAUAGACAGACCCCCACACAAUCCAGGUCAAAAAAGCCCAUAGAAAAGGGGGAGAUGAAAAGGCAUGCGUAAAGAGCCAAACAGUUGUCACUUUCUCCUCCUUGUCAUGUGAUUCUACAAUCUACAAGCAUUGGUAUUUGGUAGAAGUCAUCACCUAGCUUAGCCAGCUCAUGCAGUCAUGCCUCCCCUCUUGUGAGGUCUCGUGUCACCAUGCCAUCACCAUCAAAUAAUGCCCUGAUCUCAUCAUGUCUUCCCACUACAAAUAGCUAGGUGAUCGAUCUCCGCGCCACAGAGCAGCUAGCACCACCAGCACUCCACACAGCAGCUACCAUGGGCGGCUCCGGUGUCCUGCUCGGACAAACAGGAGACUAGGAGGCCAGGAACGGCAUGGCCGGCGCCGGCGCCCUGACGGUGGCGAGGGAUUACCGGAGGGGGAACUGGACGCUGCCGGAGACGAUGCUGCUGAUCGAGGCCAAGAGGAAGGUGCACGAGGAGCGGCACCCGGGGGACCAGGGCCUGGCGCGGUGGCGCUGGGUGGAGGACUACUGCUGGCGCGCCGGCUGCCGGCGCAGCCAGAACCAGUGCAACGACCGCUGGGACAACCUCAUGCGGGACUACAAGAAGGUGCGCGCGUACGAGCUGGCGGGCGCCGGCGCUGCCCCUAGCUACUGGGCGAUGGGCAAGGUGGAGAGGAAGGAGAGGGGCCUCCCGAGCAACCUCUUCCGCGAGAUAUACGACGCCAUGGGCGAGGUCGUCGAGAGGAGGAUGAGCAUUGGCUACGGUGGCGGCGGCGGGGCGUUAUUGGGGGCGUCCUCCAGCCUCCUCGACGUCCCCAUGCAGGCUUCCCCGCUCGCUCAAGUCCUGCCCCGACCUCUGCCUCUUGAACGAGAGACGCACGAGCACGGCGCGACGCAUUGCAGCUCCGAGUCGGCGGAGAGGAAGAGGCGGCGGCCGUCACUAGACGAGCUGACGCCAGGGAGCAGCAGGCCAGUGCCGGGAAUGCACGGCCAUCACCAAGAACAAGGACACCACCGCGACGAUUCCGACUCCGACAACGACGACGACGUCCUGAGCGGGGCGAUCGGCCGGUGCGCGUUGAUCCUGUCGGAGGCUCUGGAGAGCCGGGAGGCCGCGGAGGAGCGGCGGCACCGGGAGGUGAUGGCGGCGGAACAGCGGCGCCGCCGCGCGCGGCAGACGCGGAGGGAGGCCGGGGAGCAGUGCGUGGCCGGGCUGGCCGCCGCAGUGAACCAGCUCGCCGGCUCGAUGCUGGCGCUCGCCGCCGCCAAGCACAAGAACAAGGGCGGCCCCGCCGCGCCCAAGUGAGACGAGAUCAGAUCACACGACGGUGCUAGCCCAGCGAAGCAGGGGGCGGUCUCAUGAAGUAAUGAUGAUGCCGCCGUGCGUACAGCUGCUGCGCUCACGCAGCGGGCCAUCGAGUGGUCGUUGAUCAGAUCGAGAUCAUCCUGCAGCUAGCAUGCAUGCAUGCGGAUGCAUGGCUCAUCUGGUAGCUCGAGAUCGUCAGCGCGUUUGUGCUGCGGCGAGACCGAGACGGCUGGCCUUUUGCAUGCAUGUGACUAGCUACUAGCUGGGUUGCUUCUGAUCGUUCUGAAUCUGACAGGCCUACCACAGGCUGUCGUUGGAUGCAUGGCAUGGUAGAAGUGAGCACUUUCAAGCUAUAGUAAUUCGGUCAAUCCAUGGUGUUAGAAAAACUGGUUCAUAGUUGGUAAUCCAAUCUGUUCAUGUGUUAAUGUUCUCA